CAAUCCUAAUAAUCUUCAGUAUGUAAGUGUUUGUCACUCCCAUUGUUAUGGUGGAUGUUUUGGCGAUCAUGCCAAAACAUAGCUGCUGAGACAAAGCUCUGUUACCACUUCGUUUAGAAACCUGUGAUACAAAGGAAAGAAGAUGAAUCGAGAGUAACCUUUGUAUAUUCUUAAGUGUUAACUCGAAGCCCAUUAGUUCAGUAAUGAAGUAAAGGAUUAAAAGUUGAAGCAGAUGGUUGUCCUGCUCUACAAGGUUUAUCUAGAAAUAUACUUAAAAUGAUCAACUAACGGUCCUAUUCCGAUGAAAUUCGAUUCUGCUCUCUUCUACCUUCCGCCACCUCUCCCUUCCUUUCCUCGCCAACGAGCCCUCGAUUCCCUCCUUUUCUCUGCCAUUUCUUCCUCAUCCUCUGUCCUCCAACUCCGUCAAAUCCACGCGCUCCUCCACCGCUUCGGUCUCCAUGCCAGCAGCUUCCUCGUCGCCAAGCUACUACGCCGCCUAACUGACCUGGGAAUUCUCCCACCUAACCCUUAUCCCUCCCUGGUCUUUUCCCAAGUUCCUUCUCCCAACUCCUUUCUCUGGACUGCCUUCAUCCGUUCCCACUCCUCCACACUUCCUUCUGCUUCAGCCGAUGCCGAUUCUCCCCUCUCAGUCUACUCGCUCAUGCGGCGCCAAUUCCCACCGCCUCCUCCCCUCACCUUCACAUUCUCUGCUCUUCUCAAGUCUGCCCAAUCUCUUUCCGACGGUAUCCAGAUUCACGCUCAAACCAUCUCCAUCGGCGGCUUCGACAGUGACCUUUUCGUCCUCAACACUCUAACUGACAUGUAUAUUCGCUCUGGUCAUGUAAUUCAUGCCCGCCAGGUGUUCGACGAAAUGCCUGUUAGAGAUGUGCUUUCCUGGACUUCGCUUAUUGUUGCUUACAGUAGAAAUGGAGAUAUGAAUUCUGCUGCUGGACUCUUCCAUUGUUCUCCGGAGAAGGAUGUGGUCUCUUGGACUGCAAUGGUUAGUGGGUAUUCCCAAAACUCCCAGCCAAGGGAGGCUUUGGCUGUUUUUAAGAAAAUGCAGGAAGGCGGUGUGGCAUUUGAUGAUAUCUUAUUGGUUAGUGUGAUCAAUGCGUGUGCCCAGUUGGGCACAUGUAACUAUGCCUCGUGGAUUCGUCAGGUUGUUGAUCAAGCCGGAAUUCAAUUAAAUGUAUUUGUUGGGUCGGCAUUGAUUGAUAUGUAUGGUAAAUGUGGACUCAUUGAUGAUGCCCAGCAGGUGUUUGCUGAGAUGUCUGAAAAGGAUGUUUAUUCUUACAGCGCAAUGAUUUCAGGUCUUGCAGCGCAUGGUAGGGCUGAUGAAGCAAUUCAUUUGUUUGAGGUGAUGGUGAGAAGCACAACAGUGCGGCCCAAUCGGGUCACCUUCGUUGGGGUGCUCACAGCCUGCAGUCAUGCAGGUUUUGUUGAGAAGGGUCGCUGCUACUUUUCUCUAAUGAUGAAUGAGUAUAGAAUCACUCCAGAUCCUGACCAUUAUACUUGCAUGGUUGACUUGCUUGGCCGUGCCGGGCUUGUGGAGGAAGCACUUAAGCUUGUUCAGACCAUGCCCAUUGAAUCUAAUGGGGCAGUUUGGGGUGCAUUGCUUGGUGCUUGCAGGAUCCAUGUCAAGCCUGAAAUCGCUAAGAUAGCUUCAGAACAUAUCUUCAGACUUGAACCUGAUUCUAUUGGAAAUUACAUUGUGCUCUCAAACAUCUAUGCUUCUGCUGGAAUGUUGGAUGAAGUGUCCAAUAUAAGAAAAAUGAUAAGGGGAAGGGGGCUGAGGAAGAACCCUGCAUCUAGCUGGAUGGAGUCUGGUGAUGGUGUUAUCCAUGAGUUCUUCGCAGGUGAUGAUUUGCAUCCAAGAUCGAAGGAGAUAAAAGAAGUAAUAGAAUAUCUGCUACAGAGCUUGAGGUUGGUUGGUUAUGUGCCUGUGCUGAGCUCAAUUGUUUAUGAUAUGAGUGAUAAUGAAAAGGAGAGGAUUCUGAAGGGCCAUAGUGAGAAGCUUGCAUUGGGCUUUGGAGUGCUAACAACUGUUGUUAGAGGCGUAAUAAGAAUUAUGAAAAAUAUCAGAAUCUGUGAAGACUGCCAUCUGGUUAUGAAGAUGGCAUCUGGGGCUAUUGAAAGAGAUAUUAUUGUUAGAGAUAGCUUGAGAUUCCACCAUUUUAAGAAUGGACUUUGCUCUUGUCGUGAUUUCUGGUGAUCAUCAACUGUGAAUCACUAGCUGAAUUAUUGUAUGAUAAUAGUAACUUUUUUUGUUAAGAGGGUUUCUAUUUGAAUGGGGGAGACUGGAGAGGAAUUAUUUAAUGCUAUUUGAAGUUCAAUGAGAUGAGAAAUAACUUAUGUAAAUUCUUGAUGGAAUAAAGCAGAAAUUUUUGAA